UUUUUUUUUUUUUUUUGUACUCCGCAACGUACCGGCCACUAUCAUAUAAUGCUGCGUGUGGUUCAUCUUGGUGUAGAGGAGGCAGUAACAACAUUUAUGCAUAGUUGAAUUUUUAUGUGAUAAUGCAAAAUCUGUCUGAUGUUCUGGUGUAGUUUUAUUUCAGUUGCGUACAGGAGGAAGUAAAAUGAUUACUAGGUUUCACCCGUACCAUGGUGGCAAUAUUGUUUUAUUCGAUGACAACACCGUGGCCUAUCGCAAAGCAAGUUUUGCCAAUGCACUUGCCUUUAGUGAAAAGCCUCUUCUACCUGGGGAAAUCUUCCUUUUAGAGAUAGAGAAGAACGAACGCGGCUGGAGUGGUCAUAUGCGACUAGGGCUUACUCAGCUUGAUCCACAGACUGCUGCUGCUGCUGUGGGUGGUCUGCCGCAGUAUGCGCUGCCUGAUUUAGCCAACAUGGGAACUUCUUGGAUUUUUGCUAUUACUAAGUCUCAUAAUAGUAUUUAUGAGUACAGCGUAAUGCCAGACGGCUCCAUGCCGAGUUAUGAAAGACAUAAUGUGUUGGGUGAUGAACAUAGUAUACGAACGUCAAGAGGUUGCAUUCCUCGCAGCUUAUUUCGUUCUUCACCACCAAGUGCUGACCACCAGGUAUUGCCCACAGAUGUUGGCAGCAGAAUUGGUGUCGUUUAUGUACCUACGCAAGGAUUAGGAAGAGAGAGUAAUUAUGCUGAAAUGCAUUUCAUCAUUAAUGGAGAAGAUCAAGGGCCAUGCACAAUAGACAUACCAUACAAAGAAGGACCCUUACAUGCUGUUAUCGAUGUUUAUGGCACAACAAAGCAAGUUAGGAUUGUACAGUUAUAUGGAGUGUCUACACUGCAGAAUGCAUGUCGCGAUGCCAUAUUACAGUACAUCAAGAAGGCAUCAGUGGCAUCUUUACCACUACCAAAGACACUAAAGGAAUAUUUGUUGUAUAAGUCAUGAUAAAAGGAAUAUGCAAGUAUGAAUUGUAUCUGAGAGGGAGACGUGAUAUUUUACAUAUAGUGGAUGAUAGUCAGAAGCAGAUUUUCUUGUGCAUCUAUCCAUUACUUGUGUAAUAAUAUCCACUCUUGAUAUGAAGUGAUAGUCAUUUUUAUUUAAGAAAAUGAGGUCACUGAGUAAUGAAAUAAAGUCACUCAUGAUUCAUUUCUCAAAAGUAGCAACCGUAUUGCAUUUUGAACUGUGUGAACCAUCAUGAUGCUGGUAUAUUGGUAGAGGCAUUGUGAGGACGUAAAGUAACGCUUACACUUAAUGAGUCUGCAGUUACAAGUAAAUACGCUUACAUAAUCAUAGUGAACUGUAAAUUCAAAACUCACUCUGAAUAUCAUAUAUUGACACACAGGACUUCUCACAUGGAAGUCUGAGGUGUGUAUUGUUGAAGUGAUACGAAAGGAAGUUCUUUUGCCAGGCAAUAUUUUGUUCCAGAUACGUCCGUCUGUCAUGUAAAUUCAGAAUAUGUGGUUAAGGAAAAAAUUGCUGGUAACAGGUAGAUUAGUUACAUGAGAGCAUCUUCAUUUAAAUAAGGGAGACUGGAUAUGUUACUAAUCAUCCACUGCCACUUGGUGACAGACACAUUCUACCAAAAUACAUUUCAAACAGUACUGUAUAACUGAAGAUAAUAUUUUGCCUCGCCGCCAUCACCUAAGUGCUGUUAUAGCACUGUGGAACCACUAAGUUUGUUAAAAACUCAGUUUAAAUAGACAUAAUAAACUUCCUUAUUAACAGUAAGGUAACUACUGUCUGACUUGCAGAUUUAAUUACCUAUGACCUACCAAUUUAUGUUAUUUAUAUUUGAUCUUGAGAUGUUUUUCCUUCUUCUUUAAUGUUGCUGUCAUGUUUGCACUUCGAAACGACAUUUUUUGCACACUGUUACUAAAUGGGACACAUUCUUCUCUUAAAACUGGAUCUGCAUCUUUUUAUACUAUUUUGUUAUCAACUGUGUCCUGAUAAAUGAAAAUUCUUAGGUUGGCAGUUUGUAAUUUAACAGAAGUGGCUAAAGCUAAGAAACAAAAAUGUGUGAUAUUUUGUCUUAAGACAUUACCAUCAAAUGAUGGGUGGAUGUGCCAAAACUUGGGCUUUAGUUUUGGAUAUGAUGAAUUGACUUUAAGCCCCUUCCAUAUUUUCAAUAGUGUAGGAUGUACAUUAUUUUCCUGCUCCUUCUCUACAAGUAUCUCACGUAUGUCAUUUUGGGUGUUGCAUUUGGGCAUUUCCAUGCUACAGAUAGAGAUGUAAUGUACAGAUUCCUAAAUUUAUAUAUAUUUUUUCUUAAAAAAUGAUAACUGUCACUUUUACAGUUCAAUUAAUAACCUGUGGUCUGUACAGUAUAACGAGUUAUGAAACUGCAAUUUUUCCUUUCAUUUAUUGAUUUUGUAGAUUUUUUUCUGUGAAUAAAACACAUGUGACAUUUUAUUCACUUAUGUUAACUAUUUGAUCACACAGACAUUUAUUUCACAUUUGGCUGUAAUUUUUGGGCCAUGCUUUUCUGCCUCAAAUGUGUUGGAAAUAAAUUUUCAGCCAACUCAAAUUUAGUGUUGCUUUUCUCUUAAGAGGGAUCACUAACUUAACCCAAAAAGACUGAAUAAUAACAUGGUAUACACAGACAAGAACAUAAGCACUAAAUCAUCUUUAAUAAAAGACAAUUCACUGUAAUAGUAAGCAA